UCGGUAGACUCCCACAACAAAAACAUCAUGCCUACCUCGGAGGAUUCCGAAAUCGACCUCUCCACCCUCAGCAAAGAAGAGCUGCAACAAGAAGUUCAACGAAGGGUGGACGCCCAACUUGCGAAGGAGAGAGCAGAAAUCGCCCCACUGCCAGCAGAACAGCAGUCACCUACCAUCGGCGAGCAGUCGCUACGUCCCACACCAGCCGACAUACCGCCCACCGGCAACCAGCCUUCACCCUCCAGCCAGGGAUCCCAAUCAUUCAACAAUCCCACCAACGUCGCCAACAUCGUGGCGCAAGCGGUCAAGGCGACAGCCGAGGCCAUGUCUGGACAUCAGGGCUUUGCCCACACAGGCACGUUUCGUGUCAACCCCGGCUCUGACAUAGACCCUUGGCUUGGAAGUGUGAAGAAAGAGCAGGAUUUGUAUAUUAUGUUUGAUGUUUUUCGCAGUAAGAUGGUGUCGUAUUUUCAGGAAGAGGGUGUAUAUGAUGUAUUAGGGAUCACUGAUGUCAAGGUUGGCAAGAGGGGUGUGGAUCUAGCAGAGCUAAGGGGCAUCUUCGGGACUGAUGUGGUGGACAAGUCGUUGAAGUUGUGGAAUAUUAUCAUCAGCAAGAUUCUAUACCCUCCGAUCCAGAACUUGAUCAUGGCAUGUGAGAGUCCCCAGCAGGGGUGGAAGAUCGUCACGAAGUUCUACCAAGAGAAGAAGGAGUCUGAGAAGACUAGGCUUGAGCAAGAGUGGUUGGCGUUAGAAAUGCGUGAGUCGGAGAACCCACAGGAUUACAUAGCAAGGUCGGAAGCUCUUCGAUUACGUCUUGCCUCAGUAGGAACUAUCAAAGACACAACACAUGCUUACAAGGACGUUGUGCGCGGCCUUCCCCCAUCGUAUGCCGUGCAAAAAGGAAUAUUGCUAGCAAGCGAUGUCGUGACUUUGCAUGCCCUUGAGACUGUGGUGAGGGACGCCCACAUGGAGAUGGAGCGCGAGAGGAGCAAGGAGCAGAGGCGAGAGGCGGAGCUCGCCCUCGUCGCGUCCGGUGCGAGCCGGAGCGGCGGGGGCAAUGGGGGGGCAUCCGGGGGACAAGGAGUAGUCGACGGUCAAGACCGUGAAAUCCGUGAUGGCGAGAGAAACCGUGACGUGUUCGUCGAAGAUCCCACCGGUUUUUGCCGCUACCACCAGUCCGAACUACACACGAACGGGCAAUGCCGUUACCAGCAGCAUCUGCGGCGGACUCGCACGAGAGCAGCCGCCGAGGAUCGCCACGGAGGUGGCGGCGGAGGCCGUGGCGGCGGCUGGAGCCAGCGAGGAGGAAGACCGCCGUCGGGAGCCGGCCGGGGUGGCGGGCGUUGGGCGUACGUUGUGUACUACGCCCACGAUGAUGGUGGCUACUACGAAGACUAUGGCGACUACGACGACGGAUACUACUACGACGGCGGCUACCACGACGCCGGGUACGCCCACUACGCCGGCGGUGGAGACAGCUACAGCUACCCCUCAGGGCAGUAUGUCAUUGUAGGAGAUGGUCGUCUGCUGAAGGUGAAAGCAAUCGGUAGCAUCAACCUCAGCUUUUUCCAGGAAGGCUCUGCUACCGUAGUACCUUCGAGUGAGAGCGUCCCGCCCACUGGUCCAACCAGUGUAGUACCUGCGAGUGAGAGCGUCCCGCCCGCCGGCUAUGCCGACGUAGUACCUUCUUCGGCUUCCGGUUUUGAGUGUGUGGGUACUUUCCCGGGUAUGGAUCUUGGAGAUACGAGUGUGCUCACCGACGAGCAGCUCAUGGAUGGCUAUGAUGACACCCCACAUCAAGAUUUUUUCCCCGUAUUUAUCCCAGAGAGUGACGCUGCGAAUGUGGCUGGUGUUUUGGAUAGCAUUGACGGAGGUUCUGAUUUUGACUUGGGUGCGGCCGCGCUUGGCCCUGGUGCGUCCCCGUUCACUCUUGGAUCGACCGAAAAGUCCGUUGACAUCAACCGCUUCCACCGCUCCCUUGCCCACGCUUGCGAGCCUCUUUUGAGAGAAACUGCCCAGCAGAGAGGCAUCGUGCUCACCGGCAAGCUGGAACCGUGCACGGACUGCAUGAAGGCGAAGGGCAGGCGAGCGUCGGUGCCGCGGGGGCCGGGAGCGAGGGCGUCCAAGCCUCUCGGGCGUGUUCACCUGGACCUGUGUGGACCGCUGGUGCCUUCCCUGGGCGGCAACCUCUACCUGUUCGUCGCCGUGGACAGCGCCUCGCGGUGGAACAAAGUCUACGGUCUCCGGCGGAAGUCCGACGCGCUGGCGGCAACGAAAAGGCUGCUGGCGGACGUGGGGCGGUACGACCUCGGACGAAUCGAAUGUUUCCGCGUCGACAACGGCACAGAGUGGACCCGCGGCGAUUUCCGGCGCUUCUGCGACGACAACGGCAUCGGCGUCGAGUUCACCCCGCCCGGCGUCCCGCAGUACAACGGCGUCGUCGAGAGCGCCAUCUGGCGGAUCAUGAAGGCCGGCAUGGCCGCCCGCCGCAGCGCUGGCCGUGUGUUCCACGUCGACUUCGCCUCCAUCCCCGGCCUCGACGAGCGUGGUGACCGUCUUUGGAUGGAAUCGGCGAAGUGGGCCGCCGACGCUCUCAACCAGUCGGCGACCAAGGCCAACCCCGGGCGGCGCUCGCCGCACGAGAUGUUCACCGGCGAGCAGGGGCCGUUCCGCGUGCUGCCGUUCUUCCAGCCCGGCUUCAUGCGCGAGGACCGCCGCACCAAGCUCGACGACCAGGCCACGCUCUGUUACUACCUGAACGGCGGCGACAACCACCCGAGCGGCACCGUCAAGGUCCUCAAGGCGUCCACCGGCCGCGUCGUCUACACCAACAACGUGUCGUGGGUGACGUCGGCGCCAGCCGGCGAGGGGGGUUCCGCUGGUAUCACCGCUGCGCCGACACCCCCCCCGUUCACGCCGCCGGUCGUCUCGAUCAACUUUGGCCCAGCACCGACGCCUUCGACCGCCACACCGCCACCGCCAGCGCCCACGCCGUCGCCCGCUCCCGCUCCCGCUGCCUCUUCGACUCCUGCCGCAACGCCGCCGCCAGCGACCACGCCGCCGCCCGCUCCCACGCCUUCACAGCCGCCCUCUGCCACUUCGCCGUCACCGUCGGCGACCCCCGCUCCUGGCAAUCCGUCCUCUGCCUCUCCGCCGUCACCGUCGGCGACCCCCGAUCCAUACCAGCCGCCGCCGCCGCCGGACCCCGCGAUGCCCCCGCUUACGGCUCACGCCAUGCGGCAGCUUCGCCCGGGUACAAAGGCCGAGGGUAUGACAGACCCGCGGCUGCCAAGCCGUACGAGAUCGGGCACGAGGCACAGCACAGGACUCAUCUCGAUGCUAGACAGGAACACUCUGGUGUCGAUGCUGGAGGCUCGGAGCGCGGUGGAUAAGGAGCGCAGGGAGCUGGGGGGGGCGGAGGCCGGAGAGCCGGGGGGAACGGGGGCCGGAGAGCAGGCGGGAGCACUCGCAGCAGUGGACCCGGGGGCUGCAGGAGCGGGCUUUCCACUCGCAUUUGCCACGCUCCUCGCCAACCGGGAAGACAUCGACGCCACGCUGCGAGACCAGCGCCCGCCGGAGCAACGCCCUGACCUUCCGCAUUGCCAGGCCAGCGACCUUCGUGUCCCCAAGAGCUACAAAGAGGCCAUGGCGUCGGAGCACCGGCACCUUUGGAGCGACUCUAUGCAAAGGGAGUUUUAUGGCUUGUUGGAAGCGGGGACUUUUACUCCGGCGAAGAUGUUGGCUGCUUUGGCGUGCGAGUUGAACCUCGACUUGUGUCAUUUCGAUGUUGAGCAAGCUUUUGUGCGUUCGGAGUUGGAGGAAGACGUGUACAUGCGUUUGCCGCAGGGAUGUGGAGCUCUAUCAGGAAUGAUUGUAAAACUAGGCAAGAGUCUGUAUGGCUUAAGACAGGCAUCUAGGCAGUGGCAUGCAAUGCUGAAGAGGUGUUUGGUGGCGUUAGGAUUUGAGCAGUGCAUGGCCGAUGCUUGUGUGUUUCGUUUGAUUGAGGAUGGAUGUGUUGUUUUGAUUUUGGUUGUACAUGUAGAUGACAUCUUUGCUGUUGGAGAGAGGGAGAGAUGUGAUAAGUUUGGCGCUGACCUUAACAAGUCCGUGCCAGUGAAGAACCUGGGAGAGUUGAGAUGGUAUUCUGGGUGCUUUUACGAGAGGAAUAAGGAGACCGGUAGGUUGACGAUUUCUCAGCAGACUUUCACGGACGAGCUAGCAGCAGAAUAUGGAGUAGUGGGAGGUAGGAGCGUUCCGAUGUCUUCGGGUGUGAAGCUUUCUGAUUUUGAUGCGGAUGAGGUGGCGACAGAGUUUCCGUUUCGUGAGCUGGUAGGAUCGUUGAUGUGGCUGGCGACUCAGACUAGACCAGACAUUGCGAAUGCAGUAAGGGCAGUAGCUAGGUAUUGCGCAUCUCCGAAGCUGGUACACUGGAAUGCAGCGAUGGAUAUUUUAGGCUAUGCGAGGAGGACGAGUCACUUUGGUAUUUCGUUUCAGAGAGGUACGGUAGAGGGAUUCAGCUUGCAGGGAUACGCUGAUGCGGACUUUGCAAGCAAGGCAGCAGACCGUAGGUCGGUAUCAGGGGGGAUCGUGACGUGUGGAGGAGGCGCUGUGUCUUGGUUUUCCAGAACGCAAAAAUGCGUCACGCUUUCGACGACAGAAGCAGAGUACGUCGCGCUAGGCGACGUAGUGAAGGAGAUUUUGUUUUUGAGGCAGAUUUGGCGUUUCAUGUUGCCGCAGGUCGGCAUGCCGUGCAUCCCCGUCUUCGAGGACAACCAGGGGGCGAUUCAACUAGCGCAGAACCCCAUCUCAAACUCGAACUCGAAGCACAUUGAUGUAAGGCACCAUUUUCUCAGGGAACUGGUAGAGAGGAAGGAGAUUUCGGUGAUUCACGUGCCGUCUCCGUACCAGCGUGCAGACUUUCUUACGAAAAGUUUGCCCAAGGAUGCGUUCGAGUCUCACCGUGAUUUUGUGAUGAAUUUGGCAUGAGUUUUUAUUAUUUUUCUGAUGAGUUUGGUUUGGCUUUCGAUUUGAUUGUUUUGCUUUCCGCGCUAAGUUAUUUUCACGCGCGAUGAAGCAGUAUUCAUGUUUCUUGGACUUGGUUUUCGUGUCAUAUAUUUUGGAAGUAAUCUUGAUCGCAUAUAUUCAGGAAAAGACGUCUUUUGGUUGAGAUAUCCGAUAUUGUUUCGUAGUUUGCAGUGAAGAUACUGUUGCGAGCAGGGGGGAUGUAAGAUAUACUCGCAGCAGUCUCUAGACGUGAGGAUCCUCGGGGAUACGUGUUGAGAAUUUCGUAUGUUGAUGGGUACCACCGAUGCAGAUACGGGGACCCUUUUGGCCUUGGUUGCGGUGUUGAAGGCUCGCGCAUCUAGCGCACUGCUUUCGCUCUCUCCACCGCUACCGCCGUCUCUCUCCAAUCAAGUUUCCUUCUCCAACGCUUUCUCCAACGCCAACGCAAUCUCAAUCUCUACCUCUCUCUCUCGGCCUAACACGGCCGACUACCCACUGCCCCAACAGACGCCCAACACGGGCUUGCUGCACCCCGCGUAGUUUACCUUUCAGUUGGAAUCGUGAGAGCUUUCCGAAAACUCCGCAUCGCUCCAUUGAUGCGCCGUGGAGUAACCGAGCUUUGAAAAUUAGAUCAUGACGUGUGGUAUCUUGUGCCACCUAUACGUACGGUAUGCAUUCCCUGAAGGAGUACCCAGGGAUUAGGUGUGCUUGUAGUAUCCCUGCCUUGUUUGGCGCCGUCGGAGAAACUUGAAGUGUUUGGCGGGGUUCAUGUUUAUUUGCGUUUUUGGGAGCGUUGCACAGCAGCACAAAUCUCCAUUUCAAUCAGUAAAACUCUAGCACCUGUACCGGUCCAGCGGAGUCCGCAUGGAGGGAACAUUCGCAGGCAUGCUGCUGUACCUCGUGUGCUCAACUUCCUGCGUAGCGCCGUCGGAAAUAAUUGCGCCGCCCCCUCCGUGAACUAAAUAAAAAAAAUGUAGGUGUACUUGCCACUUGUUUCCACAUGCAAAAAUUCUGAUCCGAUGCACAACUAGGCUACACUGCUACUGCUGUUGCUGCGGAUUUUUGUUUGAUGUAAAACCUGAGCGGUGCUGCCGCAGUUGGCAGCGGUCGCCCGCGAACCGAAUCAUGCAGUGCCUCUUGGGGUGAUAACUUGCAAUGUUGUGUUGGAACAUCUUUGCACAAUAUCCACACCGACUCCACGGCACGCGGGCCCCGUCCCCUGCUGACCGUUUUUGUGGCGUGUGGGCGGAUCUUCGCCUUCUGCGCCAACUUUUGUCGAAAGAGGGGAAAGACUCACAUGACGACCCGGUGCGAUUUCUAGCUGCGACGUACAGACGAUCAUACAAGGUGUACAUGCAGCAGCAAGUUGAUGUUCGGUAGGACGCAACGACUCUCCAGGUCGGGAACUGCUGUACGAAUACAGAGUGUUCGUACAUGUUGGUACACGGGUGGCCAACACACCGGGUUGUAGCGGCACUCUCGGCAACCUGAAUCGAGAUUUAUUUUGGCACGAGUUGCAAUCCCCCCACCUUGAGUUAUCCUCGCAAUGCAACGAUAGCCGGUUGUGCAAGGUUGCCGGUAACAGUGCAAGGUGUAUGUACCCUUUCUUGCACGAUGCGGCCGGUCUACAACAAACUGCAGUGCUCAACACUGUAAGUGGCGGGUUCAAUUUCCCUGCACCACGUUUUUUUCUGUUCAUGUUUCAGUUGUUUUUUCGCCCCUCUCUUCGAAUCAUUACAAUUUUACCGUCGGUACAUUCCCGAGCAACCCUCUGAAACAACGACAUCCCGUGCCCAUGCGUUAUGCACAUUGCCAGUAGCUCUAUAAUAGCUUAAAACCAUCUCCGCCCGCGGCUUUUCAUCUCUUCCCAGGGUCGUCAACGUCCCAAGUUGCACGAUUACAUGUGAGCGAGAACCAUAAAAGGCACUCAAAUUGAAACAAUACAUACAUGCUCUUCCGAACGUCGUUCUGUAAAUUGAAGGUCCCCCCACACCAGCAUGCCCUCGCCCAUGACCGUCAGCGACGUCGAUCAUGGAGACGACCCACAAUCCCCGCAACAAGCUACCUUUGUUGUGAGGAAACACCACUCAGCCGGAGACAACAGCUACACGUAGCGGCAGCAGUGUUGUCCAAACGCACAGGUAGAAACGACCGUCUCUCCCGACACGAAACACAGAACCCCCCCCCCCGCC